UCAUUCAAACCACACUCGACCAGCUAUCACAUCUCAGUAUAUUUCAACGUAAAGAUCUAAUCUUAAAAACAAAAUGUCAGACUCUGAAGAAGAUCAAACCGCUCUGGUGUGCGACAAUGGUUCAGGGUUAGUAAAAUCUGGAUUCGCUGGAGAUGACGCACCUCGUGCUGUCUUCCCAUCUAUCGUUGGACGACCAAGACAUCAGGGAGUCAUGGUCGGUAUGGGUCAAAAAGACAGCUAUGUUGGAGACGAAGCACAAAGCAAGCGAGGUAUUCUUACCGUAUUGUGUUGGAUUCUGGUGAUGGUGUUUCACACAAUGUUCCAAUCUACGAGGGCUACGCUCUCCCUCACGCCAUUGCUCGAUUGGAUUUAGCCGGUCGAGAUCUCAGUGAUUAUUUGAUGAAAAUUCUCACUGAGAGAGGAUACUCCUUUGUAACAACAGCUGAACGCGAAAUCGUUCGAGAUAUCAAAGAGAAGCUCUGCUACGUUGCGCUUGACUUCGAACAAGAAAUGGCCACUGCUGCUUCUUCGACUUCAUUGGAAAAAAGUUAUGAAUUACCCGAUGGUCAAGUUAUCACCAUUGGCAAUGAAAGAUUCAGAUGUCCAGAAACACUCUUCCAACCUUCGUUUAUCGGUAUGGAAUCGGCUGGAAUCCACGAGACAACCUACAACUCCAUCAUGAAGUGCGACAUUGACAUCCGAAAGGAUCUUUACGCCAACAACGUUCUCUCCGGAGGUACAACCAUGUACCCUGGUAUCGCUGACAGAAUGCAGAAGGAGAUCACUGCUCUUGCUCCCAGCACCAUGAAGAUAAAGAUCAUUGCUCCACCAGAGAGGAAAUACUCCGUCUGGAUCGGAGGAUCCAUCCUCGCUUCACUUUCCACCUUCCAACAGAUGUGGAUCACUAAACAAGAAUACGACGAAGCUGGCCCUUCAAUCGUACACAGAAAAUGUUUUUAACUUGUUACGAACUAUUUUUAACAGUGUGCUUAAGACUUGGAAAGUCGCAAAAUUGUAUUCUAUUAAUGCGAAAUGCAAUAAACGUUUAAAAUCUACUCCUUGUGUGAAACAGCCACUUGUGACUGGAUUGAGUUGA